UCCGUACAUUUUUCCACACACCGUAGGCUGGUUCACACGAUCUAAACAUACGGAUCAUUCGCCAGGUAGUUGCUUUAAGAAAAACAAACGAUUGAGUUUACGUCGUUGAGUCAUCAACGAAUACGGAGCUGCACUUCUGCACACCUUUGACCAGCAGCAUGAUGCAGGCAGGAAUCUGACUGAGCAGCACAGGAUCAGACAGAAAGAAGAGGAACUGGAGUCUGUCCACAUGGCAGAGACAGAGUGUGCUGCACCAGGACUCAACACACUUCAGCCAGUGUGUGUUACAGGGCACAGCGGGGUCAGUGAUGUACACCACACACACACAUCACUGAUUAAAAUAGAAACUGAUCUGGGCUCCUCCCACACUGGGAAUGUUAAGACAGAGAGCCUAGACAUAACAGAGCUGGGGUAUGUAACUCAUCUAUGUCCUGACCAAAUGAAAACAGGGACUGAUGAUGGAGGACACCUUAAACCAGAACACAUCAAUGACCUGCAGGAUAUUAAAUCUGAUCCAUUGAAGUGUGAAUCCAGUGAAAGUUUAGUAAGUAAUCUCAUGAAUACUGUGAUGAUUGAAUCUGGUGCUGCACACAAAGACCAGACUGAACCAUGGCAAUGUACAGGAGAUCUAAACCCAAACUGUAAAAAUGAAGAAAUUAAUGAUUUGUCUACCCAAUGUGGGGACUUAAAUCGUGACUGUGACAAAAACAAUGACGAUACUUUGACCAGGAUUGUCCAGAAAAGUACAAGCCAUAGCAUAAAACAUAUACCAAUGAUACUUAAUUCAAGUAUACACCCAAGCCUUUUGAAUAUAAUUCAAAACAAGACAAUUCCUAGAAAUAACAGUGAAAUUGAAACGGGUGAAAAGAUGCACAAGUGUACACAAUGCAAGAAGUGUUUUAAUACAAAAUCUGAAUUGAAUAUGCACCAGAAAAUUCAUACAGGUGAAAAGCCCUAUAAGUGCAUGCAGUGUGGGAAGCAUUUUCGCCAAAGGUCUCAUUUAAACAUCCACCUCAGAAUUCAUACAGGUGAAAAGCCAUACAAGUGUACACAGUGUGAGAAGUCUUUUCGUACAAAUGACAUUUUAAAUAGACAUCUGAUAAUUCAUACAGGUGAAAAGUCGCACAAAUGUUCUUUUUGUGGAAAGUGUUUUUCCACAGCAUACAAAUUAAAUGUCCACCAGAGAAUUCAUACAGGUGAUAAGCCAUACAAAUGUUCCCAAUGUGGGAAGUCAUUUUCCACAAUAUGUUAUUUAAAUGUCCAUAAGAGAAUUCAUACAGGUGAAAAGCCCUAUAUAUGUUCUCAUUGUGGGAACUCUUUUUCACAAAUGUCUCAGUUAAAUAACCACCUAGGUACUCAUACAGGUGAAAAGCCAUACAAGUGUACACAGUGUGAGAAGUGUUUUCGUACAAAUGACAUUUUAAAUAGACACCUGAGGAUUCAUUCAGGUGCAAAGCCAUACAAGUGUUUGCACUGUGACAAGUGUUAUCGUGAAAAUAAUUCUUUAACUGUGCACAUGAGGAAUCAUACAGGCGAAAAGCCCUACAAAUGUUCUUACUGUGGAAAGUGCUUUUCUAAAAUGUCUUAUUUAAAUGUCCACCAGAGAAUUCAUACAGGUGAAAAGCCCUACAAAUGUUCUCAGUGUGGAAAGUGCUUUUCUAAAACCUCUUAUUUAAUUGUCCACCAGAGAAUUCAUACAGGUGAGAAACCCUACAAAUGUUCUCAUUGUGGGAAGUGUUUUUCUACAACAUCUAAAUUAAAAGUCCACCAGAGAAUUCAUACAGGAGAAAAUCCAUACAAAUGUUUUCAGUGUGGGAAGUGUUUUUCCCGAACAAGUGGCUUAAAUGCCCACAAGAAGGUUCAUACAGGUGAAAAGCCCUACAAAUGUUCUCAGUGUGAAAAGUGCUUUUCUAAAACCUCUUAUUUAAUUGUCCACCAGAGAAUUCAUACAGGAGAAAAGCCCUACAAAUGUUUUCAGUGUGGGAAGUGUUUUUCCAGAACAAGUGGCUUAAAUGCCCACAAGAAGAUUCAUACAGGUGAAAAGCCCUACAAAUGUUCUCAGUGUGGGAAAUGUUUUUCCCGAACAAAUGGUUUAAAUAACCACAAGAAGAGUCACACAGGUGAAAAGCCCUAAAAGUGUCUACAGCAUGUGAUGUAUUAUGUGAACAAAUCUAACCUAAAUUUCCAAUGUCAGCAUGUGUAACAUACUGUGGAAGGAUUAGUAUUACAAAAUUAAUUCAGGUAAACAAAACCCUUUCAAUGUCCUUAGUGUGGGAAGUGUUUUUCCCAGAAAUGUAAUGUAUGCAGCCAACAGAGAAUUCAUGCAGUUGAACGGCUUUUCAUAUAUACUUUGUGUUUGAAUUGAAAAAAAUCUCUUUUAAAUGACAAACAGAAAGUUCAUACUGGUCAAAAGCCUCGCAAAUUCUCAUUGUGUACUUUGUACAGAAAGUUUCUCGUAUUCAUCCAAACUAGAACACCUGAGAAUUUAGAAGUAUCGCCUCAUUUAGUUUCAGAAAACAUCAGAAAAUUCUUGCAAUGAAAAGCCUUUGUACAUGUAUUCUGUGGAAGGCUUGUCAUCCUGCUUAAUGUAAAUCUUUAAACUACCUUCAUAUGAAUGUCUGUAUAUUAAUUGUAGAAAAAGUUUCAAAUCCUACAUCAGGUUAAAAAUGAACACAAAAAAAUUAGAAAUUUGAGAACUCGUAAGUAUAAUGGAUCAUUAUGUGCAUUUCAACAUCAGAAAAUUCCACCUGAAACUAAAUGUGUAUCCCACGUGGGAAAUUUGCUUACCAUUUAAAAUAAGCUUGCAAAGUCAUUUUGGCUAAAAGCCUCUGCCAAAUGACUAAACUGUGAAUUAUGUUUCUACAGACUAAAAGGAAAAAAACCCUACAAAUGUAUUCACUGGGUGCAGUGUUUUCCCCAUAAAAAUGAGUUCAAUUGCCAAAAUAUAAUUCAUACAGGUGAAAACCCCAACAAAUGUCUUUUUUUGUGGGAGGUGUUUUUCCAAAAUAUCUCAUUUGGGUAGGCACCAGAAAAUUUCUACAUAUGGAUAACUUGACAGAUAUACUCAUUGUGGGAAGCAUGAAAGAAUCCUUCAUGUGAUGUAUUUUGAGGGAAGUGUUUUAGAUGUUUUAGACAGAACAACACAACUAAUGGAGUGAAUAAAAGAUGAAUUUUUUUGAUAAUCAUAUUUUAGAUAGACAUAUGAAAAAAAAAAAAACUGCACAUGGAUUGGGAUACUCUGGGAUGCCAUUUUCCAUUUAUAACAAGUGUUUGUGAUUGUUUUGUUCCUUGUAAAUGUAAAAGGUAAUUAAUUGGGAAUUGAAUGGUGAUAUUUUGUGAUGAAACUGAAACCAAUGUAAUUAUCUUGAAAGAAACAAUGUGAAAGCUGUUUGGAAGUACUGUAGACAGACACGUGGCAAUGUAUAUUACAAGCUUGUAUUUUGAAAAUUCA